GGUUCGGUCACCUGACCGACAGCAGCCAAUCAACUGGGCCGGAGAAAAAGAACCGCUGCAGUCAGUGACUAGUACCGCGGACUCGAGAGAGGAUUGACAGGGGCGAGAGGGACGGUUUUAAAAUCCGCAAUGCCGAAUAAAAUGAAAAAGGAGAAGGAAACUACAAAAUCAGGAAAAGUGGCCAAAACUGGAAACAAAGAUGCACAAGAAACAGAGAACGAGAGCUGGAGGCAGAAGAACAGCAGUCACCUCCCACCCACGACGCAGUUGAUAAAGGGCAAGCAGUCCAGCUCGCAUUCUUCCGUCAGGAAGGACAAGAGGCCUGGCUCAUCCAGAUUCACCCUGAGCAACAACCGGGAGCUCCAGAAGCUGCCUCUUUUCAAAGAUGUCUCUCCGGCAGAGCAGGAGAAGCUCUUUGUGCAGAAGCUGAGGCAGUGCUGCGUGCUGUUCGACUUCGUGUCGGACCCCCUGAGCGACCUGAAAUGGAAGGAGGUGAAGAGGGCGGCGCUCAGCGAGAUGGUGGAGUACAUCACGCACAACCGGAACGUCAUCACGGAGCCCAUCUACCCUGAGGUGGUGCACAUGUUUGCUGUGAACAUGUUCAGGACUCUGCCGCCGUCAUCCAAUCCCACGGGGGCAGAGUUUGAUCCAGAGGAGGAUGAGCCGACGCUUGAGGCUGCCUGGCCACACCUGCAGCUCGUAUACGAGUUCUUCCUUAGAUUCUUGGAGUCCCCAGACUUCCAGCCAAACGUAGCUAAGAAGUACAUCGACCAGCGGUUUGUCAUGCAGCUGCUGGAGCUCUUUGACAGCGAGGACCCCCGGGAGAGGGACUUCCUAAAGACCACGCUGCAUCGUAUUUACGGCAAAUUCCUGGGGCUGCGUGCAUACAUCAGGAAACAGAUCAACAAUAUAUUUUAUAGGUUCAUUUACGAGACGGAGCACCAUAAUGGAAUCGCAGAGUUAUUGGAGAUACUGGGCAGUAUAAUCAAUGGUUUUGCCUUACCACUCAAAGAGGAGCACAAGAUUUUUCUGUUAAAAGUCCUGUUGCCGUUGCACAAAGUCAAGUCACUCAGUGUCUACCAUCCGCAGCUGGCGUACUGUGUAGUGCAGUUCCUUGAGAAGGACAGCACACUCACUGAACCAGUUGUCAUGGCUCUUCUGAAGUACUGGCCAAAGACCCACAGCCCAAAGGAAGUGAUGUUUCUCAACGAGCUGGAAGAGAUCUUGGAUGUGAUCGAGCCCUCAGAGUUUGUGAAGGUCAUGGAGCCUCUUUUUCGCCAGCUGGCCAAGUGUGUCUCAAGUCCGCACUUUCAGGUUGCAGAGCGAGCCCUGUAUUACUGGAACAACGAAUACAUCAUGAGCCUGAUCAGCGACAAUGCGGCCAAGAUCCUCCCCAUUAUGUUCCCGGCUCUGUACCGCAACUCCAAGACCCACUGGAACAAGACCAUCCAUGGGCUGAUCUAUAAUGCCCUGAAGCUCUUCAUGGAGAUGAACCAGAAACUGUUUGAUGAUUGUACCCAACAGUACAGGGCAGAGAAGAAUAAAGAAAAGGCUAAAUCGAAAGAGAGGGAGGAGGCCUGGCUGAAGAUUGAAAACCUGGCAAAAUCGAACCCACAGUUCCUUGUGUAUGCUGAUUCCUCUGGCCUCAAUAGUCCAGUAGAUAUGGAAACAGAUGGUCCAUUGAUAGAAGAUGUUCACAUGUUAAGACAGACUGUAGAGGAAGAAGCGACUCAGCUGCAGAGGGACCAGUACCUGGAGCGGCCCCUAAUGCGGCGCAAGUCUGAGCUGCCUCAAGAUAUCUACACCGUCAAAGCCUUGGAGACCCACCGCCGCGCUGAGGACAUGUUCACCCCUCACGAUGGGCGCUAGGCCCCUCCCUGCCAUCUGGAUCAGCUGCAACACUGACACAGGACCAGCUGGGUGUGUCCCGAGGAUGCCACCUUCCAUGGACCCACCCCUUCGUGGGCCAGCCCCGCCCCCUCGUGGGCCAGCCCCGCCCCCUACUCCAAUCAAGCUUUCUCGCUCUGCUUUCUCAGGUGUUCUGUUAGGAUGUUUUUUUUUUCUCCCCCCACCCUCCCUAUGACUUAUUUGCCCCCUUGAUUUUUUAUUUUUAUUUUCAUUAUUUAUUUUUUUUGUGCCUGAUCUUGCCAUUACACAAGAGAUGACCUGUUGGUGGAGAGCCCAGUUUAGUGCAGCAUGUGGCAUGGGAAACAGCUGAGCUGUUUGGUUUUCUCAUUCUCUCCUUCUCACAUUGAGAACUGGCCAAGAGCUGCUGUUGUGGGACCUGCCGCUCCUUCGCACUUGCAGCCCAAGGAAAGCAGUCUUUGUGAAGAGCUGUGUGUUAUUUCCAAUACAUGUUUUAAUACUUUGAGUUUUCUACUGGGGAUAUUCAGCUCUUUUCGCCUUCAGAUCCGAAUAGGAAUCUUUUCCUUUAGAGAGUCUGUCUGGACCUCCGGCCCGUCCAGCAGCAGUCCGUUCUGCAAACUCACAGAGCCCCCGUUUCACUCCCUGUAUUCAGUUUGAUUUGUGCCAUGAUGUUUUUUUUAACUUUCCAUUCAUGCAUUUGUGCAGCUUCGCUCUGAACUGAUGUACAUGUUGGUGGUUCAAACAAUGGUGCAUUUCUGUAGCAGGGAGCGAGAGUUUGGGGCUUGUUGGUGAAAUGUUACAUGUCUGUAUAAAUGUCAAUAUUUUUUGUAUAAAGUGUAUUUUUUUUUUCUUUUACAUUUUAGCAACAAGCUCUUAUUUUAUUUAUUGUAUUUUUAAAUUCCUUUAUACUGCAGCUCUGGUGGCCUUGCAGAUUGGUGUCUGACUAGAGGGGAGGCAUUUAAUGAGCUUAGUCAUUUGCGGAAAUCUGUGCCAUGCGCAGCUGGAUACCUGCAAGGCUGAGUGUCAUCAGUCUCAAUAUUAACGGGGCUAAUGGAUGAAAAUGUUUGAAUCUUUAACCUUUCUGGUGUCUGGGACCCAUUCUGGAGUGGUGAUGUUUUAUUAAAUCUCAUUUCCUGUGUGGCAACUAGAAAACUGUAACCUGCCACUCAGCCCCCAGUCUAUAUAUUUCUCUUAUUCAGUUAGCAGCCAAUGUGACUGAGGUAGUGAGCAGGUUGGGGGUGGGGGGGUGGGGGCGCUAUUUGGGAGCCACUGGGAGUAACUGGUGGCUGACAUACCCCCUUUGCUCCCAAGCGGCCAUCUGAGCUGCAAGUCAUGACUUCAGGAAUGUUCCAGCUGCCCUGUUCCACCUACACUGAGGCAGAGUUCUUUUUGUGUGCCUUUAGGACUGAGAGAUUACGGAAUGGUAAUGGACGAAAUAAAGCUAAACCUUUUACCUUUCUUUUUAAAUUUGACCAUACAAUUGCACAUGUUAAAAUCAGCUCAAGCCUGAUUUGUGACAAUUUACAAAAGGUUGAACUUGCGAAGAGCCUGUCGAAUUAACUAGAGAGCACUUCCUGUAAAACUUGAACCGCCGUCUUUAUUCUCGUGCCCUAUAGCUGGCUCAGUCGUCUGUCCGCCGUUUGUCCUGUCUGACUGAUUUUGUAAAUGACACCAUCCUCUUCCAGACUGUUCUGGAUGAUAAAGGGUGCUCCACCUCCCCGUCUCAGUUUUCUGAGUGAUAAUGUUUCUUCGCCAUUGUUUGAACCUCCAUCAGUGUUACUCCCCCCCCCCUCCCCCCCGGUAGGGCUUUGUUGGCUGUGGACUGGGUCUGUGUGUGUUGUGCACACAGUGACCUCCAGGGGUCGCCUCCAGUCACUCAGCCUGCGUUGUGGCUGCGGAGUUCAACAUGCUAACUGUAAAGUGUACCGCUUACAAACAUGUCCAGUGAGAUUGAUUUCAAAAAUCAUUCUUUCCCUCUGCAGUGAAUCGCUCUUAUUAACGGUCAGGGCUGCAUUUUCAUACUGGACAGCAUUCUUUUUUUUCUGUAUUGCUGCAAUUUCAAAAAGACUACAUGGGAAGAGCAGAAGAUCAUAUGGCGUCACACUGGCACCUAUGGGCCACAUUUUACAUGCAUUUUCCAAACUUCGGUAACAUGACAAGUGUCCUUUAGUAUGCAUCAUUUACUAAAUGGCGUCAUCUAAUAUUGUACAUAUAAUGUACUUUGUUUUAUGUAGUGUUAUCUAUUAAACAGUAAAUAUCAUUUUGUACAAAAUUGUCCUUUGUACAGAAUAAAACAAUGGCAGAACUUCAAA